CCCGCGAUUGACCUUUUGGGUUAAAGUACUUGGUCACAGUCUCUCUUGUUUCGAGUUUCGACAGUCUCUCCGAUCUGUUUGUAAACAAUCGCCGCAGAGAGUAAGAGAGAGAAAGCUCAUCUGCUUCUCUCUCCUCCUCAGUUUUGGAUUGUGAUCGGAAGAGUGAGGCCGUAUCGGAGCUGUUUGUUUCGUGUUGGCUCGGUGGCAAAAUAUAUAAUUUUUGGUUGAAUUAUUUUGAAGACAUAAAGAUGAAGAACUGUGAACGUAUUGGAAAUUUCGCUCUUGCAGGUUUGACAUUGGCUCCACUAGUUCUGAAAGUAGACCCAAAUUUAAAUGUCAUUUUGACUGCAUGCCUGACAGUAUAUGUCGGCUGUUACCGAUCUGUCAAGCCAACUCCACCUUCAGAAACCAUGUCUAAUGAACAUGCCAUGCGAUUCCCCUUUGUUGGAAGUGCGAUGCUGUUAUCACUGUUCUUACUCUUCAAGUUUCUGUCAAAAGACUUGGUUAAUGCUGUACUGACGUGUUAUUUCUUUGUCCUUGGAAUCGCUGCUCUUUCGGCAACAUUGUUACCAUCUAUAAAACGUUUUCUGCCUAUGCAUUGGAAUGAUAAUGCUAUUGUUUGGCGUUUUCCAUAUGUUCGUGCUUUGGAGAUUGAGUUCACAAGAUCUCAGAUAGUAGCUGCGAUUCCUGGAACAUUUUUCUGUGCUUGGUAUGCUUCCCAGAAGCACUGGUUGGCCAACAAUACAUUGGGCCUAGCUUUCUGUAUUCAGGGAAUUGAAAUGCUUUCUCUUGGGUCCUUUAAGACCGGUGUCAUUCUCUUGGCUGGACUUUUUGUGUACGAUAUAUUCUGGGUUUUCUUCACUCCAGUGAUGGUUAGUGUUGCAAAAUCAUUUGAUGCUCCCAUAAAGCUUCUUUUCCCCACGGCAGAUUCUGCUCGACCAUUUUCCAUGCUUGGACUUGGUGAUAUUGUAAUCCCUGGUAUUUUUGUGGCACUUGCUUUGCGCUUUGAUGUAUCUAGAGGAAAAGAGAGCCAGUACUUUAAGAGUGCUUUUCUGGGAUACUCAGUUGGCUUGGUCCUUACAAUCGUCGUCAUGAACUGGUUUCAAGCUGCACAGCCUGCGCUCUUGUAUAUUGUCCCAUGUGUUAUUGGAUUCUUGGCUGCUCAUUGCAUGAUGAAUGGUGAAGUAAAACAGUUGUUGGAGUUUGACGAAUCAAAAACUGCUGGAUCGUCGUCGGAAAAAGUUGGGGAUGCGAAAUCGUCGCCUGAAGAAGUUAGCAAGAAGGUGGAAUGACCCUCCACCUCCAGAUACAAAACCCAUAAUUUAGAUUCAGAGAUACCGUUUUCUUUUUUGAGUAUUCGAAACCUCCAAAAGCGGCUCAACCUUCUUUGCCAACUUGCAUACUUGUUGUAAAAGAUUUUGGAAUUUGGCAGAGUCUAGCCCCCUCCAGGGGGGGAUAUGAUAUGAUGCUAUUUAGUUUUAUUUUAUAAUUUUCAAAAACUGGAACCUUUAUUUA